AGAGAGAGAGAGAGGGGGUGUGUGUGUGCAUGGCUCUAAUUUCUAUCUCUGAUUUCACUGGCAUUAUUUGUAAAUAACCUGUCUAGCAAACAAGACUUUACACGCCUGAAAUCUGAUGCAAAUCUGGUUUUAGUAUGCGCAAUUCACUGGGAACAAUAAGCUACUGUGUAGUACUGGACCUAAAUGUAGGGCCCGACGUCCUGCAUAGGCUGGUGGGGUAUAGAUUGAAGUCAGGCUUCUAUUAAAGGUACACGACUUGUUUACUUUAGUAUGUCAGUCCCUGAAGACUUGAGUCACAUGAUAGGGCUACUUCAUAAAAAGACAUCUGAGCCAGUUUAAAGGGGUCCGUCAAUGUAAUGUCUUUGAUAUUUCUGCAUUCCAGCAUUGACGAUUUCUGUUUUGCCUCGUAAAUGUUGGGUCGUCGACAAUUAGCUACGUUUCUAAAUCUCUUUAAGUAAGUCGCCCUCAUUUCAAGUCAUUGCGCUUUCGGCUCUGUUGCUGAAGUACAGAAAUAGACCCAUGGAACCCGCCUUGUGGUCAGAGCCUGCCUGACAGCUACCUGUUAGUUGCCAUAUCAACCCACCAUCAAUCAUCCCAAAACCCGUUGUCAGACCCUCAGGUGGAGAGGCUGUCCCACAUCCAAUCAGAGAGCAGGGGCGGGGCUAGAGGGAGAGCGAGAGAGAAGGGGUUUAUUUAGAGAAAUGAGAGAGAGAGAGAGAGAGUCUUUUCAGAGCUAAAACAUGGCUGGCAGCAGGUUCACUGUACAGUAGAUGUCUCUCCAAUUUGCCAGCUGUUUGAGAGGCCAGACACUCUUUUGGCAAUGCAUAUUCUACACUCACACUGCGUUAUAAGGUGGAUCGAUGGCCCGAAAAGGAAAAGAAAGAGCAGCUCAUGUUCGGUGAAGAGCAUGUCUGAAAUGAAGGGAUACGGACAGACUGGAUCAGAGAAUACAGGGUACAUCCCCAGCUAUCUGGAAAAGGAUGAACCGUGUGUGGUAUGUGGAGACAAGGCCACUGGCUACCAUUACCGCUGCAUCACCUGUGAGGGCUGCAAGGGUUUCUUUCGGCGGACGAUUCAGAAGAACCUCCACCCCGCCUACUCCUGUAAGUACGAUGGCUGCUGCAUCAUCGACAAGAUCACCCGCAACCAAUGCCAGCUGUGCCGCUUCAAGAAGUGCAUCGCAGUGGGCAUGGCCAUGGACCUUGUCCUGGACGACUCCAAGCGGGUGGCCAAGCGGCGUCUGAUCGAGGAGAACCGGGAGAAGAGGAAGAAGGAGGAGAUGGUGAAGACCCUGCAGAACCGGCCAGAGCCCACCGGCUCGGAGUGGGAGCUGAUCCGCAUGCUGACCGAGGCCCACCGCCACACCAAUGCACAGGGCUCCCACUGGAAACAGAAACGCAAGUUCCUGCCGGAGGACAUAGGUCAGUCUCCGGUGGCCCCCACGUCGGACGGAGACAAGGUGGACCUGGAGGCCUUCAGUGAGUUUACCAAGAUUAUCACCCCUGCCAUCACCCGCGUCGUCGACUUUGCCAAAAAACUGCCCAUGUUCUCGGAGCUGCCUUGUGAGGACCAGAUCAUCCUAUUGAAAGGCUGCUGUAUGGAGAUCAUGUCGCUGCGCGCCGCCGUGCGCUACGACCCAGAGAGCGAGACGCUGACCCUUAGCGGGGAGAUGGCGGUCAAGCGGGAGCAGUUGAAGAACGGCGGCCUGGGCGUGGUGUCGGACGCCAUCUUCGACCUGGGCAAGAGCCUGGCGCAGUUCAACCUGGACGACACGGAGGUGGCGCUGCUGCAGGCCGUGCUGCUCAUGAGCUCAGACCGCUCGGGCCUGACGAACAUUGACAAGAUCGAGAAAUGCCAGGAGACCUACCUGCUGGCGUUUGAACACUACAUCAACUACCGCAAGCACAACAUUCCCCACUUCUGGCCCAAGCUGCUGAUGAAGGUGACGGACCUGCGCAUGAUCGGGGCGUGCCACGCCAGCCGCUUCCUCCACAUGAAGGUGGAGUGUCCGACGGAACUUUUCCCCCCUCUCUUCCUAGAGGUCUUCGAGGACCAGGAAGUGUGAGUGGCACCCCCGGAGGAAGUAGUGGAGCGACUUGAGGCAUCUUGGGAAAGGAAGGGAUGUUUUUCUGAAGCUGGGAAGGAUUUUGGCAGGACUUGUGUUUUUACGACAUUUACGUGGUAAACAACAAACAACGCAACCAGCAGCAGGAGUCAAACAAACAGGAUUUAAUUUUUUUGACCAACCACCUCUUCAUACCUGUUUUUGGGAAUCAGUUUGGCGGCCCUCCCUGUCUGAGCACGGUGUUUUAUCCAGUGGGAGUUGCAGCCCUUUGCCAAGGCCAACACACACAGACACACACACACUCUGGCUCCCCUCUCAGAGCCCUAUUGGAGGCACCUCAGUUGUCACACAUUGCCACUAGAUGGUGUUUUUUGCAGGUUUGCACCUGUUUGAAUUUAUGGCAACCAUCUUUUAAAACCGGUCAGUUAAUUAUACUCCCCGAAUUAGUGUAAGACAAUGAUUCAGGAGAUACGUCACUGACAACACACCGGGACACACACAGAGGUACUGAGUGUGCCAUGUCACUCCUACCGUAGAGCAAAGCUACUAGUACCUACAAUCACGGCUGAACACAACUGAGCCAUUUUCAGACUGGACCGUGAGCAUGUUUUUAACCAAGUCAUGUGCUGUAUUAUAAGGCUACUCCAGUUGUCUGAAAUGUGUAACUGUGUAAAACUACAGACUACGGCUCCGUAUCUACCUUUGGUUCUGUCAUUAGGCAAGCGCCUGUGACUGGCACUCUCUCAAACCCACACACACACUGGGCAGACCUGCCUUGUCAUUGCCUGUGCUUCUGGUGCCAACAGUAGACCCUCUCAUGAAUGACAAUUGAGCCCUUUUCUCUCCAAGGAAGGUCAUAACAGUGAACAAAAGAGAGAAAGAAGGAGAAGCGCCACUGCCAGGAGUUCUCAGAUGA